AUGGAUUCCCAUUCUAAAGGGUCAUCUAUCUCCAUCUGGUCUCCGCUCAUUGCCUCCGUCGUUUUUGGCUAUGGGAUCACAACUAUCUUCAUCAUCUCAUACAUGUAUCUCAUCGACUCUUACGACAUUUAUGCCGCUUCCGCGCUCGGAUUCCUGGUCUUCACAAGAUACGUUGUUGCAGGAGGAAUUACCGUGGCCGGUGGUCCAAUCUAUCGAUCCAUUGGUGUACAGUAUACUCUGACUAUUCUUGGCGCCAUCAGUGCGGCCAUGACUCCAGUUCCCUACUUGCUCUACAAAUACGGUCCCCGUAUUCGGAAGCAUGCAGAUAUGCUGUAA